AUGGCAUCCUCGGGUAGCGUCUUCUCGGAGACUCUCCAAGAGAUAACCAACACCAAGCUUCAAGAGCUAUCCAAGCGUCGCUCUCGAUUUGAAGAAGCAAAGUCAUCUAUCCUUUCCUCCAUCGACGAAGAGCAGGAUGCUGUGAAGCGGCUUGUCACGCUGAGCGAUGGCGUCAAAAGGUCCUUCGGCAUCAAAUUCGAUAAAGACAACAAGGUCAUCCUUGGCCGUACCAAAUUCAAGCAAUUGGAGAUCAACCUGAAGAACCUCGAUCGCUUCAUCGGCCAGGCAAAAACCGAUCCCUCUGUGUCCCCGAAGAUGCUAGCUAAUUGGGAGAAAUUACUUAUCCGUCAAUUAGAUAUGCAAGCUCUUCAGUACCAGUAUGCUUGGCUCUACGGAGAGAUUGUUACUGAGUGGCUCUCCAGUGACAAGGAAAGGGACCGGGAAGAAGAUAUCGAGAUGAGUGAAUUCGAGGACCUUGGUGAGCAAGCCAAGCUUCAAUCCAAGAUUGACUGGGAAAACACUGUUUUCGAAUCAGCUCAGGUCGACACCACGGCCAUCACCCGAUACCUUGACAACCUGUUUGGCAUUGGCAUCGGCACCCACGAAAAGAAGACCAUUACCGGCUGCCUUCAACGACUGCGCCAAGUUGUAUCCGGAUUUGAAGGACUCAUCUCAACCCCGAAUCAGUUCACGGUAGCUUCGCUAAAAUGGGUCAUCGCCGGUCUUCACUCGUCUGACCUUUUGUCGAACGAGAAACGAGAGGUUCUCAAGGACUUUGAAACCAAUGAUAUGAUCCUCAAAGAGAUCGCCGACGUGCUCAACAUGCGCAUCAAUGCUUUGGAUACUUGGACCUGGAAUUCAGAGUCCCCGGUUCCCUUGGAGAUGAACCGCAAGAUAAGCGGUAUCUACAACAUCCAUAUGCACGAAGACCUUCUUCAGGCGAUAUUCCUUCAGUACAUCGGCGUAAAGUGGAGCGUCAUGUUCAAGAGAGCCUUCAAGGCUUUCCGUAAUGGAGCUUGGAACUCAAUGCGCCAGAACAUUCCACAUGAAGAGAAGCGACGUCUCGGUUACUACCUGGGUCCAUUAUCUUCCGAGCCUUCCCUACAAAGUAGUCGGGAGGAGGUCAAUCGGGAAAGCUACUUCAUGGCCCAGCUCAUGAACUAUGAGUAUGAGGUCCUCAAUUCGGCUGAGGGCGAAGAAGAGGCAGAGUAUGAACAGUUCACCGACCAGUCGUCGAAACGGAAGCCGCGAGCAAAACAACUUGCCCGGAAAUCGCAAGGAGGCCGCCGAGGGGGAGUCAUGAGGCAGAUGGCACCACAAGCCAUGACCUCAAUGGCAAGCUAUUCGGGUGGUGGCGGUGCAAUGAGACAUCGUAGGGUCGUUGCCGAGAAUUUAGAGGAGGCAGAAGAAGAUGGGGAUGAAGAGUUUGAUGAAGAUGAACUUGAUGAUGACGAUGAGGACGAAGACAACCCUCGUAGCCCGAUGUCUCUGAAGCAGACUUUGCUUCAUCUCUUGUCGACAGAGAUUAUAAUCGAUAGUCAUCUUCACGGCGAAACGACUGCGUUCCACUCUGUCUUUGAGGACUGGAACCCGAAAUUACCACAUGACACUGUCUUGACAAUUCUCAAGUAUCUUGGUGUCUCCGAUACCUGGCUUAGCUUUUUCAAGAAGUUCCUCGAAGCCCCUCUCAAGUUUGUGGACGAGAAUGAUUCGAGUGCGCGUACGCGCCGCAGAGGAACACCUGCAUCCCAUGUGCUCAGUGAUGUGUUCGGCGAGACGACUCUUUUCUGCCUUGACUUUGCGGUCAACCAGUCUACUUCGAGCAACCUGUGGAGGAUGCAUGACAACUUUUGGUUCUGGUCUCAUGACCACAAGGUCGCCGUCAAGGCUUGGAAGACUGUUGAUGAGUUUACCAACUUGACUGGAGUCGAAACCAAUCCUGCCAAGAGUGGGUCAAUCCGAAUUUCGAAGGAUAGCAAUAUUGAAUUGCCUAUCGAUGAGUCACUGCCUGAUGGCAACAUUCGUUGGGGCUUCUUAUGCUUGUCACCCAAGACCGGUCGCUUUGAGAUCGAUCAGACCAUGGUCGAUGCUCACAUCAAGGAGCUUCAUAAGCAGCUGUACGAGAAGCGUAAGAGUGUCCUUGGCUUCAUCCAGGCGUGGAACAGCUACGCCGCGACAUUCUUCAUAUCCAACUUUGGCAAAGCAGCGAAUUGCUUCGGGCGCGAGCACGUGGACAACAUGCUUUCGACACACCAGAAGAUUGAGCGUGAAGUGUUCACCAAGCUAUCUAAUGGCGCAGUCAAUAGUGUGGCCGAAUACCUGAAGAGAACAAUUAGUGAGCGUUUUAGUAUCACUGAUGUUCCCGAUGGCUACCUCUACUUCCCCAUGGAGUUGGGUGGCCUUGAUCUGCAAUCUCCCUUUAUCACUCACUUGCAGAUCCAUGAUCAGGUGCUUGAAGACCCUCUCAAACUCAUGGCUGACUUCGACGAAGCCGAGCGUGUUGCAUAUGAGAAAUACAAGGAGAGGUUUAUGACCGGUCAGACGAGACAAAACAGGCACUCUCUUGACGAUCCCGACUGGACACCAGAGUCACAGCAUGACAAGGAUAACUUCAUGUCCUUCGACGAAUUCGCCCGCUACCGAGAAGCCUACUCCUUCGAAUUUUUCAAGGCACCGCUCAAACUGGACCGGGUUUCCCGCAAGCUCAUGAAGAGACCUAGUCGACGCAAGGUCGAGACCGAUGAAGCUCUGUCUAGUGCGUUGGAGCAGCUGCGCACGGAGCCUAACCUACGUGGUAUCACGGGGUGGUCGAAUAACAUGGAUGCUUAUUGGACUUGGGUUGCUACGUUUUAUGGGCCUGAGAUUGUUGAUCGGUUUGGCAGGUUGAACAUUGUAAAUACGGAGCUUCUCCCUAUUGCUAUGGUUACUUUGUUCAGGGACAAGCGUGUUAAGUGGCAGGGCUAG